GACGGCAGCUGACGGGGGUCAAUCCAAGUCAUGCAGGUGGUACGAAAGACGGGGUCUUGGCUCUUGCGGUCUUGGGGUUGGCCACCGACGCCCAGGGUCGUGGCCCGGGCGCCAGCCUCCACCAUCCACACCGGCGCCCAGCAGCUGCAAGACGCGGCGGCCAAGCAGGAGGUUGAGGAGAAGGCGGCGGCGGCGGCUCCGGCUCCGGCUCCGAGCCGCAGCAGCUUCAGGUGAGGGCCUCUUAAGCCCAGCCCUCUGGACACCGGCACCGCCGUCCGGAGCCCGACAACCGGUGAAUUCCCAACUCUGCCACUUGACGUCUUUGGGACCCUAACGCAGA